CAAAACAGCACUCGCCUGAAGAUGUACAUGUAUCAGACAAAAAGGCAGCUUUACUUGCCGAGCAAUCUGAAGCAAAGAAAAAUCUCCAACUGGAGAAAUGAAUGAAUGUUGCAGGGAAGUUUCUGGUUUUUAGCGGGUUCAACAACCAAAGGGCUAAGAGCCCAGAUAGAUGAGGGCCAAUCUACGGGACAACAGUCCUUUUCUAGGACAGCCGAAGGGCCAAUGUGCAAGUUGAUACAGGUAGAUGGGACUCAUUUAUGUGUGCUCGUGUUUUUUUCCCUAGGACCCAACAAGGAGCAAGACAAGCUUUCUAGGAGUGCUUUGAAGAAGCAAAUCAAGGCUAAGGCCAAAUUGGAAAAGGUCUUAGCCGAGACCAAGGCUAAGGGUGAUGCUGAGCUGAGAGCUUUGGCUCUGGCCGUAGCUGGACUUGGAGGGGUCCAGCUACCUGCCAUUACCAGCGAGCAAACCACUGAGCAAACCCACACCACCACCGAGCAAACCCCAAACAGUGAGCAUACUUCUACCGAGGAAAUCCCGAAGGAAGAGAAGAUGAUGAAGUCAACUAAAGAAAUGAUGACCACUGAUGAUUCUGUCACCUCUGCCAUCAGUACUGAUGCAGUUGCCAAGGUGAUAAAUAACGAUGCCGUGAGCAAGAGCGAGGACCUGAAUGCCAUCCAAGGGAUCAACCAGUCUACCCUGGCCGCUAAGAGUCCUAUCAGCUCCACAUCCAUCAAGCCUAGACCGACCAUUGCUAGUGACACCGACGUCUGUGUGGGCAACACUGUGGAUGAACCACCAACUACUACCCCCCCAAAAAAGUUCCAGAUACCAAGCACUGUCAUCACAGACUUUGAGGAUGAAGUUAACUUGAAGCUGAGCCCGGAAAAUGUGACUGAAGGUACAGGUAGCAAGGAAGAAGAUAACAAAGAUGUGGAUGAUGAGGUCUCAGUGGAUGACAGGGGAGUGGAUGAUGAGGAAGUUGACAGCAAAGAAGCGAAUGACAAGGAAAUGAAAGACAAGGGAAUGGAUGAUAAGGAAGCAAAUGACAAGGGAGAGGAUGGAAAAGAAGAUGAUAUAGCUGCUGAUAAGGACUCUUCCACCAGCCUGGAACAAGAGGCUCCUCAUAACCCUGUAAAGGCCGUUGAAGUCUUGACUAGUCUGGACAAACAUGUGGAAAAAGUAUGUCAGUCGGAGGUGCUUGACUCUGCAACUGAUGAGGCAAGUCAUCAAUACCAAACACAUGCAGUCAGUCAAGCUCAAGUCUGUGUAGCUGUAUAUUAAAACAAAACAAGAAUAAACAGAGGUCCUCCCAAAACUGUUCAACCAACAGUCCUAAUUAAAUUCAUACUACAUGACAUGUAGUCCCGAAAAUAGACAAAGAAUUGACCCCAAAGUCCAUGUGCAGAGUCCAACUUCUAGCAACCUCAAUAUUUUGGAACAGAAGUGAAAUGUCAUAUAUGUAAAUGUAGACACAGUCGCAAACAGUGUCAGUGCAUCCUGAUCCUGAUUAUGUUUUUAAUGGAAUGAGCUUUUGUUUUGAUCAC